GCUCCGGCUGCUUCCCAGCUAGGCUGAAAGGGCUCGGGUAGCCGGCCUUGUCGGCCCUUAAAGCGCCCCCUGGAUGGCCUGGCCCCAACUGCCCUCGCCGAGCCACGCAAAGGGGGCUGCUUCUGGCUCUAGUCGGCCUCCCAGGUUGGCUUUCCUUCUUUUCCCGAAGGUGGGCCCUUAGGUUUACCGCCCGGAGCCUGCGGCCGCCGGGAAACCCAAAGCCGAGUGUCCGGAGAGUAACCGGAAGUGCCGUCCCAGGCGGAGAGGCGGCGCCGGCUGCUGCCGUGGAGAGGGAAGAAUUGAGUGUUGUGAAUAGUUAUGGACUAGAGACCUUUUGGAGCCAAAAGGAAGAUAGUCUUGAGUCUUUGUUGUUAUGGGUUGGAAAUACCAAGUAAAGAAUUAGUAUAUAUGAUGCUGGAAACUUGCAGAGAGGAGCUGCUCAUGACUGAAAGGUCUAAAACAGAUGUAUCUUUCAAGUUCUCAUUGAGAAAAUGACUGUGAAGAAAAUGAUGGGUCAGGAAGACCAGUGGAAAACUCCCUAGGAGAGAGCCAUAGAAAAUGUACACUUCAGAAGAGAGGUAUAAUCAGAGAACUCAAAAAAGGAAAAUAUAUCAUGUGUGCCCUCAGAAGGGUAAAAAGAUUUUUAUUCAUGUGCAUGAGAUUGCUCAAAUAGAUGAUCAGAUAUACCAGUGCCUUGAACGUGAGCAAAACUUCUGUGAAAACUUAGCUCUUAUUAUGUGUGAGAGAACCCAUACUGGGGAGAAACCUUAUAGAUGUGAUAUGUGUGAGAAAACCUUCAUCCAAAGCUCAGAUCUUAUUUCACACCAGAGGAUCCACAAUUAUGAGAAACCUUAUAAAUGUAGCAAAUGUGAGAAGAGCUUUUGGCACCACUUAGCCCUUUCAGGACACCAGAGAACACAUGCAGGUAAAAAAUUCUAUACAUGUGAUAUUUGUGGCAAGAAUUUUGGUCAGAGCUCUGAUCUGCUUGUCCACCAGCGAAGCCAUACAGGCGAGAAACCAUAUCUAUGUAGUGAGUGUGACAAAUGCUUCAGCCGAAGUACAAACCUCAUAAGACACCGAAGAACUCACACAGGUGAGAAACCAUUUAAGUGUCUGGAGUGUGAAAAAGCUUUUAGUGGGAAAUCAGAUCUUAUUAGCCACCAGAGAACUCAUACUGGUGAAAGGCCCUACAAAUGUAAUAAGUGUGAGAAAAGUUACCGACACCGUUCAGCCUUCAUUGUUCAUAAAAGAGUUCAUACUGGGGAGAAGCCCUAUAAGUGUGGUGCCUGUGAGAAAUGCUUUGGCCAGAAAUCAGACCUUAUUGUACACCAGAGAGUCCACACAGGUGAGAAGCCGUAUAAAUGCUUAGAAUGUAUGCGAAGUUUUACUCGGAGCGCCAACCUAAUCAGGCACCAGGCAACUCACACUCACACUUUUAAAUGCCUGGAAUAUGAGAAGAGUUUCAGCUGUAGUUCAGACCUUAUUGUGCAUCAAAGAAUUCACAUGGAAGAGAAACCACAUCAGUGGUCUGCAUGUGAGAGUGGCUUCCUCCUGGGCAUGGACUUUGUUGCCCAACAGAAAAUGAGAACUCAGACAGAGGAGCUGCAUUAUAAAUACGGUGUCUGUGAUAAAAGCUUUCACCAGAGCUCAGCCCUUCUUCAACAUCAGACAAUCCACAUCGGUGAAAAACCAUAUAUCUGUGAUGUGGGUGAAAAAGGUCUUGAGCUCAGCCCUCCCCAUGCAUCAGAAGCCUCACAAAUGUCUUGACCAGACAAGAAGUUAUAAUGCCAUAAAAAAUGUAUUUACAAUGUAAGAGAACUCCUUAAGAUGAAGAACUCUAAGCAAAUCUCAGACUUUCCUCAGAGCUCAGAUUUCACUGCGGACCAGAGAAUCUGCAGUUGUAGGAAGUUGAGAAAUGGUUUGCCCAGAGAGCUGUCCUUACAGAACCUUAUCAACCACUCCAAUGAGAAACCUUACAAAUGCUCUGAGUUUGGGAAAACCUUUAGUCCAAGCUUGUAUCUGAUCACCCACAAGAGGAUUCAUACAGGUGGGAAACCUUACAAAUUUGGUGAAUGUGAGAAAGCUUUCUAGCAAUGGUCACCUCUUCUCAUUCCAAGAGAAUUCACAUUGGUGGACAGCAUUUUUAAUACCCUGUGUCAACAGUGCUUCAGAGAGUGUGCACAUUUCGUUGGAUGUCAGAACACCCCACUGGGGAGAGACCCCCACAAGUGUGAAGAAAGCUUCUAACAGAACUAUGACUUUCUUACCAAUCAGAGAAGCCAUACAGCAAAUCAAGCCGCAUAAUGACAUGCCUUUCAUUUACUUCGGUUCUGCCAAGGAAAGAGAAUACUUUUUAUUCCCAGGGAAAAGACUGCAAUCACCACAAUAUAAGGUAUAUAUUUCGCUUGUAAUGUAGGAUUCUAAAUGCUAGAAGGGAAAAGUAGUUGGCAGAUUCAUCAGAGGUUUAAGGAUAAGCACUUAUCUCCAACUUAACAGAAUAAUUAUGAUUACCUUUAAUAUUCUCCAGAAAUACUCUAAUUAAUCUAGGGAUCUGUAAGUGGACACUUCUGAGGUUUUUUUCUUCCCUCAGAUUAAAAGACAUGUAAUAUAAAUACUUAAAACUUCUACAGUAUUUGGGACUGUAGGCUUGGUGAAUAAGUAUUUUGAGUCCUCUGGUUUAUCUUAGCAAAUCCUGAACUCCAGAGAGCGUUGGUGUUCGGACUCAUGGCGGUGGCCAACUGUUGCACUGCCACCUUGUGUAUGGCUCUAAGCUUUGAUCCUGAUGACUGGUUGAUGACCUUGAUAAUCUUAGGGUCAGAGGAUAUAGCUCAUAGUGAUAAUAAGGAAUCUGAUUCUAGGGUGUUUUUUUCUUUCUUCUUUUAGAAAACAGGUCCUAGAAGUUUAUUUGAUCUGAUGUAUUUUAGUAAUUUUCAUAAAUAGCUCUUAUACCAUAAAUAGUUGCUCGGUGUGAUAAAACACACAAGAUGUAUUUGUUUCUCUUUGGUGAAAACCAUGCCUAUCACUAGUAUAUGUUUGACAAUUGUAAUUCUUAAAAUAGUAUUGGGUGUAUGGCUUGGUGGUGAUGAAAAUUAGUCCUUAUGGCUACUUGUUAGUCAUUAGAGAGAACUUGGAGAAGGGAACAGAGUUUGUAUCUUUGGCAGGGCAAUGACUUGCCCCUUCUUUCAACUAAUCUUCCUGGUAAUUGUCUCUAGUCUUUAAGUAAAUUAAGAAUGGACCAUCCCUCAGACGGAGAACUUUGGGGGUAUGAAACAGGUCUGAGGGCUUUUAACCAUGGGGGGAAAAAGGUGUUGGUAUUACUCAUAUAGAAUAACCUGAGGUUGGAAAGGACCACUUGGGAGCCUGUAACCAAAACUAGAAGGUAACUUCUGGGAUGGAUGGAGGUUCUCUUGAAACAGUGCCAACCUAAAUCUACCUCAGGUAAGUAGUCAGAGUGACUUUUUCACGAUUUCAGACCAAACGAGACACUUGUAUUCAGUCAAUGUAUUCCUAUGCUUUAAUGUUUUUGUUUUCCCUUAAUUCUUAAAUAAAAGCAUUGUUCUGAAAA